CACUAUGAAGGCAGUUGCUUUCUUCAUAUUAUCAGUUGCACUCAUCCAACCCUGCCUAUCUCAUAAAAUUCUCUUCGAUUUCAUCCGAGAUUAUUAUGAAGCGAGCAAUAUCCAUCAAAUUGUCGUAUUCGCUUGCUGGGAUUAUGCAGCAUCUCUAUCACGAGAUAUCAUGGGAUUCAAUAAUUUCAUCACGUAUCGAUCUACAACGAGUGAUGUGGAUAUUACCACUAUUUUGCGUUCAGCUCAUUUUCAAAUCGGAGUUGUGUUGGAUUUCGAUUGUCCGCGCAGUGAAAAUAUUCUUGAUAAGUUUUCAACGCACCUGCACUUUAAUAAUUCGUACUACUGGCUUGUACUUUCAAAAUUGAUGCCAAUACCUGUGAAAUAUCUGCAACACCUGAAGCUCACGAUAGAGACUGAAUUGACAUUUGCUGUUCGUGAAAAUGAUGCAUUCCUACUCUAUGAUGUUUACAAUCCGAGUUAUCGUCAUGAUUGUGAGGUCAUAACUAAGUACAAAGGACAAUGGACACGGGAAAAUGGUUUAAAGGAUGAACUGACUCAAUAUAUAUACGAACGUCGAAAUCUUGGUGGCGUAACUCUGAACUUAACGAUCACGUUUGCAAAUGUAAAUUUCACUGCACAAACAGAUAUCAUCAGAUAUUUGACGUCUACAAAGAAUAAAGGACUUGAUCCAAUGCAAAAAAGUCAUUAUGCUAUAAUGAUGUAUCUUCAAUACUUGUAUAAAUUUAACUUUACUGUAUAUCGAUCAGCGCACUGGGGCUAUUUAGUUAACGGAUCUUAUAAUGGAAUUUUGGGCGACUUAAUCAGAGAUGAUGGGGUAGAUAUGAGUAUCUCGCCUUUUGAACUUAUUGCAGAACGAGGCGGACUAGUGGACCAUGUGGUGUCAACCUGGUUCACCGAUUUUACCUUUACAUUUCUUCAUCCGAAACAAACGAAUUUGCGUAAUAAUUUUUUGAAGCCAUUUACCGAUGACUUGUGGUGGGCAAUUUUGGUGGUAGGUAGUAUCUACUGGGCUUUAUUAUUUCUCUCCCUGAUGCUGGAACAUCAUCAUCAAGCAGAGACUCACGACAUUGGUGAGGGUGUGGUUGAAACCGGUAUGACUGCAGUAGCAGCUUUAUCACAACAAGGACUGAGCGACAGCCCCAAUUUUCCAUCCGGACGUAUCACAUUUCUUUCGUUAUUCGUGUGGGCUCUUCUUCUUUAUCAGUUCUAUUCAGCAAGUAUUGUCAGUUCUUUGAUGACAACUCCACCGAGAUGGAUCAAAACUCUGAAAGCCCUCGUUGAAAGCGAUUUGACUGUUGGCGCCAUUGAUGUGUCACAUUUUCGGGAGUGGCUCCAGGCCUCGAAAAAUCCCGAUGUGAGUGAAUUAUACAAUCGUAAAAUGAACUCGUCUGUGAAAUAUAGACCACAUGCUUUUCUGAAAGUACCUUCAGGUCUGAAGAAAGUUCAAGAGGGUGGGUAUGCAUUCCUUACAGAAACUGCUUCAACUUACCGGAUUAUCAGGGACACCUUCACAGAAGAACAGAUAUGUUCAGUAGAAGAAGUACGUUUCCAACCGCGUACCAUGAUGUCACCACUUUUGCCAAAGAAUACGCCAUUUCACAAGAUGAUGACAUACGGAUUAACAAAAGUCAUACAAGGAGGAUUGCUCGCGUAUGUACGGCAAUAUUGGCGUGGAAAGUUUCCCAAGUGUCCUGAGAGCUACAGCUCUAUGCCAACAGCUAUGGGAAUGCCACAAUUCAGUCCAGCAUUAUUUCUUUUGUGCAUUGGGGCUGCGGUAUCUAUUGUCACAUUAAUCAUAGAGUACUGCUACUUUCAUAUGGAGAAUAAAACAAACGGGACACAGAGAGACAUCACAAAAUUACCAGAACCCAUUGAUCAAAUAAAUCCGGAAGAUUGAGUAUUUAUAGUUACACAAUGUAGUAA